GGCUGAAAAAUGCCCAGCUCCGUCUCGGUCGCGUUGCCUUUACGGGGCGGUGACCAGCGCAUAGGUACUCAAAGGGAUUGCGCGAUGGUGGAAAUAGCAAGUGCUAUUUUCUACCCAGCGAGGAGUAUGCGCCAGCUGUUCGCCGAUCAGUACGCGAUUUCUUUCAUCACCGACGGUGUCAACACGGAGCACUUUCAUAACGUAGUAUCCCUUCUCCGCUAUAAAUAUGACCUGGUUGGACUGCAGAGGAUCAGUUUUUCAGUGGUGCCCGCGGCUACGCUCCUCGCCAGUGGCUAAGAACAUCCUGUUCAGAGAAAAUACCAUUUUACGAGAAUGUCCUGUCCCAGAAUUUCGGCAAUGCUAUCCUUGCUGGUGGCCAUGCUGCUGGUAUGUACCGAGGCUCGGAGCAUCAGCGAACAUCGGUCGAAACGAACGGUGGACAAGUGUGAUUCGCCGUUUGUGAGGCGUCUGCUCGAGGAUGGCAGCGGACAACAACAUCCUUACCCGACAUGCAAUGAUGGCAGUCCGUCAGGGUUUUAUCUUCAACGUCCCACCAUCGACAGCACGACCUGGGUGAUCUAUUUAGAAGGUGGUGACUUCUGCGCUGAUGCUGCCAGUUGUCAAACACGGCAAAGGCAGCAGCACGCUCGCACCUCAUCCACAAACUGGGGCCUGCUGAAAAUCCCGGGUAGCACAGAAAACCAAGGCAUCCUUUCAUCACAAGAGAGAAUCAAUCCUUAUCUUCACUCAGCCAACAAAGUGUAUAUGCCGUACUGUUCUAGCGAUUUCUGGAGUGGCACACAGACUGGCCGUUCGAACAACGAAACCAGCGGUGGUGAAUUCGUGUUCAGCGGUGCUCUCAUAUUCCGUGCCGUUGUGGCGGACCUGAUCAAGCGUGAAGGGCUCGCGACUGCAACGCGGGUCAUCAUCAGCGGAAGCAGCUCCGGUGGACUAGGUGUUCUGCUGCACAUCGACUACCUGCGACAAGCGCUGAUGAGUGCUGGCGCCGUGCCCGAUCUGCGAGUGCAGGGCAUCAUGGACUCGGCCUGGUACGCACACGACGCCGCUAACUGCACCAAAACGGUCAACGUGGAGACGCGCAGCAGGAACUGCCUGGACACCAGCGCUCUCAACCAGAUGAAAGCUGGCUACAGGUACUGGAGUGGAUUUGUUCCCGCGACGUGUACCCAGGCCAGCACAAAGCCGUGGCUUUGCUACAUCGCAUCCGUCCUGCGGCCUACCGUGCAAAGUGAUAUAUUCGUCUUCCAGUGGUAUUAUGAUAGCUACUUCACUCGACUUACGGAGGUACCAUAUCUGCUGGAACAAGGCUUCGUGGCGUCAAGGACCCAAUACCAUAACGCGGCACAGAAGAUUCUCAGCUUGUCCAACAUGGUUCGCAAGAGCUUGGCUGAGCAGAAGAGCAUCAACGGUUCGCUACUGACGAUUGCUGUUCUCCCAACUUGCUUCAGCCAUGCCAAUCUUCUGCUGGAAAGCUGGACUAAUCCAAUGCCGUAUGGAGCUACUCUAGCCAAAGUAGUGGAAUGUCACAGCCUCAGCACCAGUGCACCGGAAUUUGAGAGAAGAUGGGAGGCACUGGAGUGCGGCAGGAAGAAGCGAGCGUUCUAUCGGCACAACUGCCGCGAUCCCACCGUGGAGAACUCGUCAUGUCCCGUACCCAGCGAUCAUGACUUCUACACCAAAUUCAGACAGGCAAUCUCGCAAAUCCCCGGCGUGUCUCGGCACUGUACGUUAGUCCUGACCAAUCUCAGUUCGUAGUGUGUUCAUCAGGACCCGACCACUGACAUGCCACCCAUCUCCACCAGUCCAGAACAAUUAUAUCUAAGUUAUGUUACUCAGUGGUAGACUGGACAUGACACCAGCAAUGACAGUUCUGAUUAGGCCAACUACUGAAAAUGCAGUACUAACACGACAUUGCUCAUUCCAUUCCACGCCUUAGCUUGAGAUUGACGACUGCAUUCCCUAGAGUUCAUGCAUACCGGUACACAACAGACCACUGGACUUUUCCCCACGUUCAAUAUCCCCCUAUCAUCCCCCACGUAAAAUAUUUCCCUAUCAUUAUUCCUAAUUAUUCGGCCAAGUGAGCACUUGAUCAGAUUCAGAAUUAACAUUAACUCAAUUUCCCUCCUUGACUCAAAAAUCUUAUUACCGGAAUCUGUGAAUUUACGUCGUCCAUUCCUUUGAAUACCGUAUUUCAAGUGUUGACAGGAGCUAUGUAUUCUCUAUUUUACAAAGCAA